CACUCACCAGAACUAGUGGCAUUAACCCUGUUAACUGCAACCUGACUCCAGGCACCUGGUGCUGCACCGCAGUCAAGCACGCUGAAUCCUUUCUGCAAGAUACCAUGCUUCUCGUCAAUUUCCAGCAGCUUAAAUGCACUACGGCAGCGAUAGUUUUGUUGCUGAGCAGAUUUCACAAACGGAUCCUGCAGCUGUCUUGACAACCAUCUCUGCUCAGCCGGAGUCUUUUUCAGCAAUUCCGCUGCUGCAUGGAAUAGACGCCGCUGAAUACCAGAGAUCAUUUCGUGCUGUAAAUACUCAGCGGCGAUCCUCGGCGUCACCGCCUGCGCCGGAAGGAUGUCGCCGCCGUUGGCUGAGUCCGGUGGGAAACAUUGUUCCUGCCGUGGAAUACGCGGGAGGCUCAGAAAACACAAAUAUAGCGGAUACAUUUGUCUUGACUGAUAGACAUCAGCUGUGGAGGAGCCAACAACGUGGAGAAAUGGUCACUACAAAGUUGCUGACACUCGUGAUGGUGAUAAAGCAGCAUCAGAUCCUAUUGGGGAUGAAGAAGCGGGGAUUUGGGGCUGGUCGGUGGAAUGGGUUUGGAGGAAAGGUGCAGCCUGGAGAAACCAUAGAGGAAGGAGCAAAGAGGGAAUUAUUUGAAGAAAGUAGUCUGACGGUGCAUAGCUUGGAAAAAAUUGGACGGAUCCUCUUCGAAUUUGUCGGUGAGACUGAACUUAUGGACGUUCACAUAUUCCGAACAGAGAGUUACCAAGGCGAACCAGAGGAAUCGGAAGAGAUGCGCCCACAGUGGUUUGACCUGGAUAAGCUCCCAUUCAAUGAGAUGUGGCCCGAUGAUUCCCUCUGGUUCCCUCUGAUGAUUCAGAAAAAGAUGUUCAGGGGCUAUUUCAAGUUUGAAGGACACAACAACAUCCUUGACUACACACUGAAGGAAGUGGAUGAUCUGGCAACUGACAAGGGAUCCUGAUUCUUCCACACACAAAUGAGGGUUGGGCUGGAGUUAUUUUAUGGUCAACUGUUUGUAAAAUACGGUUUUGCAAAACUGCUUAUAACAAUUUUGUUAAGCAGUUUUCAUUUCUGUUAAUGGGAGAACUGAAUGCUAGUAUUUUUUUUAAUAUUCUUUCUUUUUGGCUUAAUAGAUGAUGUAAGAUUAAUCAUCCAAAUGUAGUUGCAGAUUCUUUUAAAGUUUAUCCCCAUCUUCAAACAUCACUCCCAUCAUUUUAUCCAAAACCAUUGGGUCCCCGUCACACGGAAGUAUUACAUCAAAAAGGCGAUCUGAAAAUGGCGAUCUCAUCCCGUCAGCCGCGCCUGCACAGUUGGGAGAGGGUUGCCUGGCCCGGUAUCCGCAUGUGUGCAGUUGGGGAAGGGUUGGCGGGCCUGGCGCCAUUUUCAGUUGUGACGCGGCCAACAGGCCCGGCAAGUGGUUGAUUAAAGUCUUUCCCCGUUGUGACGCCUUAAAACAUUUCAGAUUAAAAUAUUCACAACAUAUGUAAAAAAUAAAUCUGCCAUCUUUGGUGCUUCUUUCCAAUCCACAGCUAAUGAUAUAAAUCAUUAUAAAAAUAAUCUUUCUAUGCUUAUACAAUUCUGCAAUAUUCCCAUUUAAAAAAAAAGCAAAUGCACAUAUA